AUGGUAACAUUGGCUUGUAUGGCAAUCAAGAACGAACAUUCUAUAGGUGGUCCUAGUAAGCCACAUUUUCAUGCACAAUGUGAUGCUUGUCCGGGGAUUUACGUAGCGAAUUGUAAUGGUUUGAAGGAUCGUAAGCAAUGUUAUACGGGUGCACAAGCUCAUGUGCAUCGGGAAGAUACGGGGAGAUCAUGCACGAUGGAUUUUGCUUGUCCACCAGGGACAACGCGAUACAUAUAUGAAGCUGUUGGUAAAGGUUAUGUGAAAGCAUCGACGAGUCCUAUUACAUGUCGCAACGAAGGACCUGGAUUUCACUGGACAACAAUGUUGGCGCCACCGUUCGAGGACGCAUUUGUGAAACAUGUCUCCUGUUUUUCGGAAACCUAG